GCCGCCGCAGACUCAAUUCGAUCAGGCUUGACAAUUUUAUCAGCAUCGGAGGAAAUGGGCCACUGAUGAAAUAGGCACUGCGUUGGCAUCUAAAUCAUUUUUGUAAGAUAAACACUACCAUCAAAGCAUCCAAAAGCGUUUGCUAUUGUCUCAUGUCAUUUUAAACAUCAAAACUAAAGUCUUAAAAUGCCGAGCAACAAGAUGGACAAAUCUGACAAGCCGGAGGUCAUGGACAACGUCAAAGUGGUUGUGCGAUGUCGCCCGCUGAACCAGAAGGAGAGGAGUAUGGGCCACAAGCAGGCCGUCAGUGUGGAUGAGAACCGAGGGACCAUAACCGUCAACAAAUUAGAGACCACCCACGAACCCCCCAAGACCUUCACAUUUGACACGGUGUUCGGACCAGACAGCAAACAGCUGGACGUUUACAAUCUGACAGCCCGCCCCAUCAUAGACUCAGUAUUGGAGGGUUACAAUGGGACCAUCUUCGCGUACGGACAGACAGGGACAGGAAAGACGUUCACCAUGGAGGGAGUGAGGGCAGUGCCAGAGCUCCGAGGAAUAAUCCCCAACUCCUUUGCUCAUGUGUUCGGCCACAUCGCCAAAGCAGAGGGCGACACCCGGUUCUUAGUUCGCGUGUCUUAUCUGGAGAUUUACAAUGAAGAAGUGAGGGACCUGCUGGGGAAGGACCAGAUGCAGAGGCUAGAGGUGAAGGAGAGGCCAGAUGUGGGUGUUUACAUCAAGGACCUGUCUGGUUAUGUGGUGAACAACGCUGAUGACAUGGACAGGAUUAUGACAAUGGGGCACAAGAACCGUAAAGAUUCACACAAAGCAUUUAUAAGAGUUCUAAGCAUUAGAAUUCAUGAUCGUACAGUAUAUACCAUUUGCCAGACCCCCCCUCACAAAAUAGGUUUCUAACCUCAAGGGUUCUGUCUUACUAUCCAGGUCUGUACCCAAACAAUUCAAGCUUCUACUUCUAAAAAUUAACCUUUCCAGAAACAAGUCUCUCACCGUUGCCGCUUGCUAUAGACCACCCUCUGCCCCCAGCUGUGCCCUCGACACCAUAUGUCGGGGCGGCAGGUAGCCUAACGGUUAGAGCAUGUUGACUAGUAACCGAAAGGUUGCAAGAUCGAAUCCCCGAGCUGACAAGGUAAAACAAAUUAUGUUCCUAGGCCGUCAUUGAAAAUAAGAAUUUGUUCUUAACUGACUUUCCUAGUUAAAUAAAGGUAAAAAAAACAAAGUG